CAAAAACCCUCAUUAAUAAAAGUCAGGGCAGAGACCACUGUCGUCCCAAAUCUUUAAUUUUUCCUGCUUCCUUAGAAUCACCUCUCCAGCGCAGUGGGGUGGGGGGAGGAAAACUCGAAGAAGCGGAGAAGCCCAAGAAACUGUGAGAAGAAUAUAGAAGAGAAAACGAAAAGAAUAGAGUCAGGGAAAGGAAAAUUUUCAGUCCCUUUUCCCGGAAAAUUCUUUCUUUCUUUCUUUUGAUUGAAACUUUAAUUUCUCUCCGUUUAAUCGUCGCGAUUAUUGGAGGGAGGAAGAAGAGUGGUGUCUGUCGUGGGUGUCCUGGUACUGAAAAGGAAACUAGGAAGAAUCUAGCGCCCAGCGAGCGAGCGAUCGAUCACGAGCUUUGUGAGUUGCUCCUUUUCCCCUGGCGGAGUAAACGUCGAGGGAUUUCCCUCACUUUGUCUUCGUUCGGUAACCGCGGGCGGCGAGAAGCGGGGCGAUUUGUUCUUUCCCUAUUGCGUUUUUCCCGAUUGCCCGACUUUCGGGUAUCUCUUUCGGCUCAGAUUGGGGACCUUCAAGUAACUUAUAGCUUCUUGGCUUGCUACUCUGUCACAAACAUUUAUUGUGAAUAUAGAAGCAAAAUACUGUGUAUAUAAUGGGAAUCUUCAGCAGGAGUGUUCUAAAUAAAAAACCAAACGACAGCACGAGGCUUAUUAUAACGACAUUCUUUGGAGUAGUUUUUGGAUUUUUGAUUGGAGUAUCUUUCCCUUCAUUAUCUGUCUCAAAGCUAAAUUUUGCGUCUGGCCUUCUUCCUACAAUUGACUUAUCAUACAUGGGUGAGAAAAAGUUGGGAAUUUCUAGGCAUUCAGUUACUAAUAGUUCAAGCAACAGUACCACUAGCAGCUCCGCGAAAUUGAAUGAUACUUCAAAGAUCUGGAUCCCUUCAAACCCUCGAGGUGCAGAGAGGUUGCCACCUGGAAUCAUUGUAGCUGAAUCUGACUUAAACUUGAGAAGACUGUGGGGCAAACCCAGCGAGGAUUUAACCAAUAUACCUAAGUACCUUGUGACCUUCACAGUUGGUUACAAUCAGAGACACAAUAUUGAUGCAUGUGUCAAGAAGUUCUCAGGGAACUUUACAAUCCUGUUGUUUCACUAUGAUGGUAGAGUCUCCGAGUGGGACCAGUUUGGGUGGUCGAGGCAGGCUAUUCACGUGAGUGCUCGAAAGCAGACAAAGUGGUGGUAUGCAAAGCGGUUUUUGCAUCCAGAUAUUGUGGCUUCAUAUGACUACAUUUUCAUAUGGGAUGAGGAUUUGGGAGUUGAACAUUUCAACGCAGAAGAAUACAUAAAGCUAGUUAAGAAACAUGGGUUGGAGCUCUCGCAGCCUGGAUUGGAGCCUAAUAAUGGUCUGACCUGGCAGAUGACAAAGAGGAGAGGUGAUCAAGAAGUUCACAAGACGACGACUGAGAAACCUGGAUGGUGCACAGACCCUCAUGUGCCACCCUGUGCAGCUUUCGUUGAGAUCAUGGCUCCAGUGUUCUCUCGAGAUGCAUGGCGUUGUGUGUGGUACAUGAUUCAGAAUGACUUGGUCCACGGAUGGGGUCUUGACUUUGCCAUGAGGAAAUGUAUAGAGCCUGCCCAUGAGAAAAUUGGAGUUGUUGAUUCUCAAUGGAUUGUUCAUCAACGCGUCCCUUCACUUGGAAACCAGGGUGAGGUGAAAGACGGAAAGCCAUCAUGGAAAGGGGUGAGUGAGAGAUGCAGGAAGGAAUGGACCAUGUUUCAGAACCGAGUAGCAAGUGCAGAGAACGAGUACUUUAAGAAACUGGCAACCGUCGGAUCGAAUUCCACUGCACAUUGAUGAUAGGAUGAACAUGGAGAAGAGGAGGAAGGGCAAGUUGGGAUAGUAUAGGAACACUCUUAGCAUAUGUACACUACCUUUCUUUUACAGCAGAUUAGUAGGGGAGGCUACACACAUAUAUAUCUUAGAAUCUAUUUACUCUGUAAGUUGUAACCAUCCUAUUCUUAUCUGAGAAAUCAUAUUUCUAUAGUUAAAUCUCAUGAACCACCCAUCAUCAAUGCAAGAAUCAUUCAAGUUUGAUGUUCAGUGAGAGACGAAGUCGGCCAGAAACAUGGGAAGUGGCCCCUUAGGCAAC